CCCCCAUGGGGAAAUGAGUCUGUCAUCCUUACAGACAUAGAAUAUUCACAACAGUUAAAAUAUAUUUAAAAAAAAUAAAAUAAUCAUAGGAUAAUAACUAUAUGAUUGGUCAGGUAAAAACAAACUCCCUCACGACGCCAGGACAGCGGAGUCAAUCACCACCUUCCGGAGACACCUGAAACCCCACCUCUUCAAGGAAUACCUAGGAUAGGAUAAAGUAAUCCUUCUCACCCCCCCCCCCUCCCCCUUAAUGAUUUAGAUGCACUAUUGUAAAGUGGCUGUUCCACUGGAUGUCAGAAGGUGAAUUCACCAAUUUGUAAGUCGCUCUGGAUAAGAGCGUCUGCUAAAUGACUUAAAUGUAAAUGUAAAAAGUACAGUAUAGUCUGCACAGUGGCCUUUACGGUGCUGGGUGAUGUCAUGUGGUGUAAGACUACCUACAGCCCGACAGUCCUGAACUACUGCUACCUGCAGGGGAACUGGAGCCCAAACAGGAUCAAUAAGGACAUGAUGCAAUGAGACAGCGAUCAAUUACCUUUUGAGGAAUCGGUCUGAAGAAAAAAAAAAGGACCCUCUUACUCAAAGGGUGUAGGCCUAGUAUGAACCACACGGGGUCGCAUCUCAAAAUGGUCCAGUCGGCUCGUCGUCGUUAUACUCACAUCGGCGACGUAUAAAGGACAUGCCAAUUCCAGGUUACAUAUACUGCCUUUUCAUAGUAGGUUUUAAAAUGGCAGAGAAAUAAGGGGUAAAAGUAGAUAAAAAAAAUGUACUUGCAUAAACCAAAUUGUUUGACAAACUCAAAGGAUGAGGGAGUUUUUUUUUUCUUCCAAAUCAUUCCAUAAAUGAAGCAGCAUUGGUCAUCUGCUGCUCAAAUGUGACCUAGUCUUCCUUGGAGUGAACAGCCAGAAUUGAUUCCUUUUAACAAGACAGUAGGGGAUUGAUUUAUAUAGGUAGGCGCGCUGGUGUCACCUGUUAAUUAAUAAAUUAGCACACAUCCAAUAUCAUCUAAUGUCAACCAAUCAACGGAAUGGAAAGAUAUAACGUGUUUUUGAUCAUGCCGACGUUCUGAAAUGAGAGAGACACAGACAGAUAAAAUCACUAAUUGACUCGUUCAAAUAUUAGGUUGGUGACAACGUUCAAAGAAACGUUUAUCAAACACGUUGCAACAAUGUUCCAAUGUAACCCAUAAUAUUAAAACACACAAGAUACCUUUCAAUGUUGGGGCGUUUUUUAAAUAUUUUUUUCAGGUGAUGUGCAGUGUCCUCCAAUCACAAUACGUCUUUUUCCGCCGUAGGGCAAUACAGACGUGAGUUUCAUCCAAUCAAAUCUCUCGACCGCGAUACGCUCGGACGCGUCGCGUUUUCGUCGCUGUAGCUACGCGCUAGGCAAGACAAGCAGUAUGGCGGAAGAAGAGAGUGAAUUUGAGUUAGAAGGUUUUAAAAAAGAAUUGGAGAGUUUAUUUGUCAGUUGUUCAAGUGAAGAAUACGGACUUCAAAGCAAGCUAUAUUGUGUACGGUUCUGUAAGUUGGUGGAGGUGUAUUCAGGACGAUGGCAGGUACCCUUGCCACAGCUGCAGGUGCUCCAGACUGCUCUAUGUUCCUUUGUCCAAGCCUCGGCCUGCUUCCCGUCUGACUGUGAACAUGUAUGCUACACACUGAGUAGCCUUGCCCUGAGUGCUUUUGAGCUCUUGCUGUUUUUGAACAGAAAUAAGAUCCUGCAGGAUCCCUUGAAAAAAAUCCUUGAUUCGUUCCAGGAAUGUUUUUCCCAGCUGGAGAGACACCAGAACAUCCACCUGCUGCAGGUGGGACAGAUCAUCAGAGAGAAGGGACCGUGGACCAACCCCAUACUACAGGCCAUCCUGAAGGACUCACAACUGCCCCGGGAUGAAGUGGACCGGUACCUCAGCUCAGAGGUGCCAGUGUUCUUUGAGCUGCGUGUUCGUUACCUGCUGUCCAGUGAGAUGUUCACCGAGGCGGUGGUCUUGGCUAAGACCUGCUCUCAGCACCCCGUUGCCGGGCGACACCUCUUCUUCCGACAGGCCUACCUCACCUGUCUGUUGAAGGCAUCGCUCCCUCGCCAUAUGCACGAAGAGAUGUCUGACAUCGACGGUAAGGACGCUGUGGAUAUCGUGUGUAACACGGAGAGUGAGGAGAGCGACGAGACGCUCCUGGCCCUCUGCACGGCCUUCCUCUCUCAGCAGCUACACCGGGGAGACAUGUACUGCAUGUGGGAUUUGGUGUUCAUAUGGAGUCGCCUCUGCCUGCGGGUCAACCCUUCCAAACAGGCCUUCCUGGAAGAGACUCAUCGGUUGCUGCUGUCUGCCACCAACAUCAGAUCCAUAUUCUCUUUCAUUAGAGUGAUCCUUGCAGAGGUGAGCCAGGAACUCCUGGGAUUGUUGAUUUUUACUGCUGAAAUUCCAGCUGCCAUUUUUGUUUGUUCAGAUGUAAUGGGAGUUGUUGUGGUCGAGGAUGAUGUGAAAAGCUUUGGGUUGUACCUCCGCUCAGGUGGCUUGGCUUAG